UCCAUCUUUAUCCUUGUUGCUGUAGCUGGGUCGGUCUAUUCAGGUAUCCAGCCGCCUGUGAUGGUAAUCAACCCACGUGCCCUGGUACUAUUUACAGAGUUAGAGACUGUGGACCUUCCAUGCAAGGCCAGUGGAGAACCACAACCUACGUACAUCUGGAAAAAGGACAAACGGGACUUCAACGUGGCUGGCAGUGAUGACCUUAUCUCCACAGUAGAAAACGAGGGAACACUUGUCUUCAAGCAACCCAAAAAGAAGGAUGCCGGCACGUAUCAAUGUUUUGCAAACAACUCUUAUGGGGUGGCCAUGUCAGGCAUCGUUGAGCUACGUCUUGCCUUCCUGCAGCCGUACACCAAUCAGGAACCAGAGACCAUCACUGUAUCACCAGGGUCAUGUCUCGUCCUCCCUUGUAACAAGCCAAUCAGUUACCCUGAGGCCAAAUUCACAUGGCUAUUGAAAUACAGUGAUGGCGAUUAAAGGUCCUUGACUUCACUGA